UUCAAUUUUAGCUCAGUGCAUAGCAUUCUUUGUCAUCUCCUUCCUUGUCGAUCAGUCAAUCUCUCCUUGUUCUUUUUAACUGUAGAGUGUUACUCCUCCUAAUGGAUCCUUCUACUAAUACAGAACCUGCUCCUCCAGUUCAGCCUAACCCUGUAAUGACUGGACAGCAGCAACCAAUGACUGCUGCUCCUGGUCAAAUAAUGGUACCAAUGGCUGCUCCUGGUCAACCUGUACAGUAUGUGGCCGGGCAGCAAGGAGGUAUGGUAAUGAUGCCACAGUAUCAACAAGCUCCAGGGAACAUUGCUGUAGACCGUAGACUCCUCCCUGACCAUCAUCUGAUAAUAGUCUCACUAGUCACUUUGUUGUGUCUUGUUGUCAACUUGAGUUCACUGCUCUUUGGUGCACCUGCUCUUAUUUGCUCUUGGAUGGCUUACGAAGACAAAAAGAAAGGAAAUUACAAGAGUACAAAGACGUAUGGUUACACUGCAGUUGCCCUCAGUCUGUGUAAUAUAGUGUACACUGGUAUUGUGACACUAAUAAUAAUUGGACUCACUUUUGGACUCCAUUGUGGGGGAUCAAGAUACAACUGUUGAUAUUAUUCAUUGUUAUUAUUAUUAUUAUUAUGCUGAUUUAUCUGUAGUACUCAUUGACUCAAAACAGUAUCAUUGUUUUUAUUCUAAUAAAAUCCCUUUUCAUUUUAUUUUAA